GGCCGUCUGUGACAGGACAAAGACCAAAUCUGCAACCGACAGACCUUGUCAGCUCCACACAACUUGAAAACCGCUAGGUCCUGUUUUGCAUGUAGACCUUUUUAGACCUGUAGUUCUCUCUUAUCUCAGGUUAGCAUCGCAUAAAAAGUACUCUGUUUGUUUGCUAACUACUAGCGAGCACCCAAGAUGUGCAGUUGUCUUUCGGUUUGCGGAACAAACCGCGCACUUAUUUAGCGAGUGAGUAGUUUAGAUUAACUCUGAUUGAACUUGAGUAAAUCAAGGCUGGUUGCAGUCUGAUUAUCUGCUAACAUGGAGUCUGACGAUGAUGUGCCUCUCAUCCUAACCUGGGACGAAGCAAACAGCGGUCUGCUCAACGAGGAGACUGAGAGAGGAGACGAAAAUGGAGGAGGAGGCAAUUAUGACAUAGUGAACAACGCUGUGAUCUCAACGCCUGGGCCACAAAACCACAGGGCCCCAAAUGCAUCCUUACGGCAAAGCUGGGAGAUGAACUACCAAGAGGCAGCCAUUUACCUGCAGGAGGGAGAGAACAAUGAUAAGUUCUUCACCCAUCCUCGAAACCCAAAGGCGUUGGCAGCGUACCUGUUUGCCCACAACCACCUGUUCUACAUGAUGGAGCUGCUGACAGGCCUGCUGCUGAUGAUGCUGUCGCUGUGUGAAGCUCCCGCUGUGCCCUCACUGCGUCUGGAUGUCUACGUCCAUGCCACUCUGGAGCUGCUGGCUUUGGUUAUGGUGGCAUUUGAGCUAUGCAUGAAACUCCGCUGGUUAGGCUUCCACACCUUCAUACGACACAAGAGGACCAUGGUGAAGACAUGUGUGUUGCUGCUACAGUUCGUGGAGGCCAUAGUGGUUCUGAUCAGACAGACGUCUCACGUGAGAGUGACUAGAGCUCUCAGACCAAUUUUCCUGGUGGACUGUAGAUACUGUGGUGCUGUGCGCAGAAACUUGCGUCAAAUCUUCCAGUCCCUCCCACCUUUUAUCGACAUCCUCCUUCUGCUGCUCUUCUUCAUGGUUAUAUUUGCUAUUUUAGGUUUCUGCCUCUUCUCUCCAAACACUGCAGACCCGUACUUCAGGACCCUGGAGAACAGCCUCGUCAGUCUGUUUGUGCUUGUCACCACAGCAAAUUUCCCUGAUGUGAUGAUGCCAGCGUACUCCAAGAACCGCUGGUCCUGUGUUUUCUUCAUUGUCUAUCUCUCCAUAGAGCUCUACUUCAUCAUGAAUCUGCUCCUGGCAGUGGUGUUUGAUACGUUUAAUGACGUCGAGAAGAUGAAGUUUAAGUCUCUUUUACUUCACAAACGCUCCGCUAUAGACCAUGCCUUCCAGCUGUUAGUUAGCCGGCAGAGGCCGAUGGGCGUGACGCUGAAACAGUUUGAUGGUCUGAUGCGAUUUUACAGACCACGGAUGUCUGCAAGAGACCGCUUCCUCACAUAUAAAGCUGUUAACACCUCAGGGGCUCCUAUGCUCAGUCUACAGGACUUCUAUAAGUUCUAUGAGGUCACUGGCCUUAAGUGGAAGGCACGACGCAGUGGAGAACAUUGGUUUGAUGACCUUCCACACACGACCUUCCUCAUUUUCAAAGGCAUCAACCUGCUUGUGAAGUCAAAGGCCUUCCAAUAUGCCAUGUAUGCGGUGGUGGCCAUCAAUGGCGUGUGGAUCCUCGUGGAGACGUACACACUUAAUAGUGGAUUUUCCUGGUCCAGAUUUGUUCCCUGGAGUUACAUUGUUUUUCUUACCAUUUAUGGUGUAGAGGUGUUAUUGAAAAUAUCUGGUUUGGGGCCGAUGGCUUAUAUCAGCUCUGGGUGGAAUCUGUUUGACUUCACAGUGACAGUGUUUGCCUUCCUGGGCCUGAUAGCUCUUGCCUUCGAUAUGGAGCCGUUUUACUUUAUCGUAGUUCUCCGGCCACUUCAGCUGCUCCGGUUGUUCAAGAUAAAGCAGAGGUAUCGUAAUGUGCUGGACACCAUGUUUGAGCUCUUCCCCAGGAUGGCGAGUCUGGGGUUGACCUUAAUCAUCUUCUACUACUCCUUUGCAAUUGUUGGGAUGGAGUUCUUUGCAGAUGUGGUUUACCCCAACUGCUGCAACACCAGCACAGUGGCCGACUCCUACAGACAGAUCAACGUCACCUAUGGCAACAAAACAGUGUUGGAGGAAGGCUACUAUUAUCUCAAUAACUUCAACAACAUCCUCAGCAGCUUUGUGACUCUGUUUGAACUGACUGUGGUCAAUAACUGGUACAUUACCAUGGAAGGAGUAACUUCUAUGACGACCCACUGGAGCCGGCUCUACUUCAUGACCUUUUACAUUGUGACGAUGGUGGUGAUGACCAUCAUCGUGGCGUUCAUUCUGGAUGCGUUUGUGUUCCGCAUGAACUACAGCCGCAAGAACCGGGAACCAGUGGAGAACCCAGAGGAUGAGAACGGGAUAGUGUUUGAAGUAGAGGUGAGUCGUGAUGAAGCUCUGACCACUCUGGAGCUGUACAAACAGACGUGCCCAGGACUGUCCUCCCUCAGCUCUCUACAGGGAGUCCUACAAACUAUGGACAGGGGAGGGCAUUCGUCUCUGGUGUACCUGGGUCGCAGGUCUAGGACGAAGAGUGACCUCAGCAUGAAAAUGUACGAGGAGGAGAUACAGCACGAGUGGUACGCAGAGUAUUCAAGGGAAAACCUGCCCGAGCAAGACCAAAGCCCGGAACGGGAUCUGGACAGUCCCGGCUCUGACCCGUCUUCCUUCCCAGAGCCUCAGCUGAACUCACAGACUGGAUCUCACAGCAUCAACUAA